AUGGUGGGCCUUAGCGCCACUCAGCUCCCCCCGGAGACGCUUCGUCCAGGAGAUAUACUUGAGUAUUUCUCGCAGGGGUUUGUCUGUGGCGAUCGCCGCGGCCUUCGAGUUGGCGUUGUCCUGCAGAUCUCGAGCGCACUUGGUAACCCGUUUCCAGUAUCACUGGAUACCGAGGAGCCUCUUCCGCUGACAAAUAUGGUGCGCCGUCGAUUUGACAUCGCUGGCACCGCGCUGCUCCUGGACAGCGUUCGUUGGCGCAAGCUGCGGUCCUUUCAACUAGUUCCGGGAGUGUAUAAGGCGCCCAAAGGGGCCGCACGCCUUUGUGACGCCCUCAAGGCGCAUCUGGACGAGGCCUUUGCCUCAAUAGGGGCUGUGUUACCUUCCGAGAGCGAUGAAACAAGCUCACGACCCCCAAACCGAUUCGUACGUGACCCACCGCGCGAUGACCCAGCGCCGCGCCACUCAAGGCCGUCCCGAACGCCCAUUUUUGGGAUAGAGCCAUCUCCGUGCAGCUCAGAGACUACUGGAGCGUUGACUGCAAACAUUCUACCCGAGGGUUUUAGGAAAACCACUCUUCAGAUGCCGGUAGAAGCGAUCGUGGACCUUGCGGGAGAUGACAUGGAGCAGGAUGUGGACGGAGAUGGUAAGGAGGACGAAAAGUCCACUCAAACCAACAUUGUGGACGCGUUGGCGUCGCCCCCGUGGAGCCGCAACAAGCUGCGACGAAUGCCUUCCAACUACGAGCCCAUCACAGACCUCGAGGCUGCAGACGACGAGCCGGAGGUGUCGGACACCGACGUGCUGGCCGCAGGCGACUUCAUGGAAACUGUUCCCACCCGGUGGGAACGACACAAGCGCCGUCACCAGAGGAAGCAAAAGGCGGGACAGUGGAGAGAAGGUCGAUCCAGGAAACGCCGCCAUCUCAAGCUGUGUGGUGUCACCCGAAGCGAUAUGCGACUAUAUAACGCGUAUUCCACGAAAGCCAGGUCGGCGAAAGCUAUUCUACGCAUCCGAGGACUUCGCACGCGACUACGAGAGCUGCGCUUACGUCGAUCUACGUAUGUAGAGCCAUCUACAACAGGGUAUUUCCUGCCGAAGGAGGUUCCGUGGCCCAGCGACGUCCUCAAAACCAACGAGUGUCUAAACACAGAGGGCGUGGAGUUCGCUGACGUCGGCGAUUUUGGGCGCUGCUCAUGCGCUGGCGACUGUUACCUGGAUACGUGUGCAAAUGCCGAUGGUGCUCUCUACUGUACUCCAGAGUCGUGCAACCUGGCUGGCAAGUGCAGCAACGCACCGAGGACGCUGGACACGUUGAAGCUCUUCGACACGGGACGCGUCGGUCUUGGCGUCUACACAACAAACCAACCUGAGCGUCGGCGACGUAAUCGGGGAGUACACGGGGGUGCUGAGCGCGUUCGACCCCAUCGACGUCGGUGUACCGGGCCAAAGAAUGAAAAACAACACGGGGUACACGAUGUUGCUCAACACGAAGUCCAGGAGAAAGAAUGCGGCUCUACGAUGCGUUUCAUUAGCCACAGCUGCACUCCCAACGCUGCGUUCGUGGAGGCGCAACACAGGUCCAACGUCAAGGUGCUAGUUCGCAUGGUCGAGAAUGUGUACGCUGGUACGCAGAUAACGGUGGACUACGGUAAGCAGACGUGGUUUCGGUGUGCGUGCGAGCAGUGCUGGACGCGGAAAGAUGAGGACGAGGACGAAAGCAGUUGA